AUGGCGGCCGUCAUCUCGCAAACGCCCAACACCUUCCACGGCCUUGCAACAAUUGGGAAGAUCUUCUACAUCCUCGACGUGGUCAUGUUCGUUACCUUCACCAUAGCCAUGGCCAUGCGCUUCGUGCUCUUCCCGCGCAAAGUCCUGCAGUCGCUCUACCACCCGGUUGAAGGCCUGUUCUUCGGCGCGUACUUUGUCUCGGUCGGUCUGAUCCUGAACGGCGCGCAGGCGUAUGGUGUUCCGAAUUGCGGGCCUUGGCUGGUGACGGCCUUACGGGUCUGUUUCUGGAUGUACUGUGGGACUGUUUUGCUGGUGGCCAUCUUCCAGUACUACGUGCUCUUCCAGAAUGCACGACUGGAUGUCGCGAACGCUGUACCCGCUUGGAUCUUCCCAAUCUACCCUCUGCUUGUGGUCGGAUCGCUGGCUAGUGUGAUGCUGCCAAGCCAGCCGCGGCAACAGGCGUACAACAUGUGGAUAGGAGCAGUGAUGUUGCAGGGUUUGGCCUGGACGGUGGCCUUGUUGCAGUAUGCAAUAUACAUGCAGCGGUUGAUGACGAGUCAAUUGCCUCCUCCGCCUACGAGGCCGGGCAUGUAUGUGUCGGUUGGACCAGCUGGCUACACCGCCGCCGCUCUCAUCGGCCUCGCCAACGCGGCACCCACCGUCCUCCCCGCCAACGCCUUCAACGUCAACCCGAACUUCGGAGACGGCCAAGUGGUGAAAGAUCUCGGGAUCAUCUCCGGCACCUUCAUCCUCCUCUUUUCCUUCUGGUUCUUCUGCAUCUCGACAGCCGCCGUGUGCGCCGGAAUAAAGAAGAUGACCUAUACGCUCAACUGGUGGGCGUUUGUCUUUCCAAAUGCUGGUUUGGCGCUGGCGGCCAUUCAGUUGGGAUCGGUGUACAGCAGUCCAGGGAUCAAUGGGAUUUGCAGCGCGUUGACGGUAAUGUUGGUUAUACUGUGGUUUAUUGCGGCGAUAUUCUGCGUGAGGGCUGUGAUUAGAAAGGAGAUCACGUAUCCUGGGAAGGAUGAGGAUGCUAGCUGA